GGCAGCGGCGGCCGAUUCGGUGCCGGCAAGCCCCGCCCGCCGGCGGGCCGAGGCCGGCCUCCCCCUUCCCUCGGCCGCCCCCUCCGCGGCAGCCCGCCAGCAGCGCCACAGCAGGCGCGGGGCCGGCUCGCUCCGCGCUGCCUCCCGCCCGCCAUCCCGCCCGCCAUCCCGCCCCGCCGCGCCGCGCCGCGCCGCUCCGCCGCGCCGCUCCCAUGCAGGCCGGCGGCGAGGCAGAAGAUGGCUGACUCGCCGGGGCACCCGCGCCCCUGCCCGCCCGCGACCCCCGCCCGCCCGCCGCCGCCGCCGCCGCCGCCGCCGCCGCCGCCGCCGCCGCGCUCCCCCCGGGCCCUUCGCGGCGCCGCCUGCCACCACUGAGAGCCGCCGCCGCCGCCGCUCCCCCCCCACCCCCUCCCCGCGCCCCUCCCGGCCCCCCCAGAGCACCAGCAGCCAUUUCAUCUCCACCACCAAGUAGGCGCAAAAAAUGGCAGAAAUGGAGAAAGAAGGGAGACCUCCCGAAAAUAAAAGGAGCAGGAAGCCGGCUCACCCGGUGAAGCGGGAGAUCAACGAGGAGAUGAAGAACUUUGCAGAAAACACUAUGAAUGAGCUCCUUGGCUGGUAUGGUUAUGAUAAGGUUGAAUUGAAAGAUGGAGAAGAUAUUGAAUUCAGGAACUACUCGGCAGAUGGGGAAAGCCGCCAGCACAUUUCUGUUCUCAAAGAAAAUUCUUUGCCAAAACCAAAAUUACCUGAGGACAGUGUUAUUUCACCGUACAAUAUAAACCCAAGCUACCCAGGGCUUGCCACAGGAAAUGGACUUUCAGACUCACCAGCAGGGUCAAAGGAUCACGGGAAUGUACCUAUUAUUGUCCCAUUAAUUCCACCACCUUUCAUAAAGCCACCAGCAGAAGAUGAUGUGUCAAAUGUACAAAUAAUGUGUGCCUGGUGCCAGAAAGUUGGAAUCAAGCGCUAUUCCCUGAGUAUGGGAAGUGAAGUGAAAUGCUUCUGCAGCGAGAAGUGCUUUGCAGCUUGCCGAAGAGCAUAUUUCAAGAGAAACAAGGCUAGAGAUGAAGAUGGACAUGCUGAAAAUUUUCCCCAGCAGCACUAUGCUAAGGAAACUCCAAGACUUGCCUUCAAGAAUAACUGCGAACUACUUGUAUGUGACUGGUGUAAGCACAUAAGACACACAAAAGAGUAUCUGGAUUUUGGGGACGGGGAAAGAAGGCUUCAGUUCUGCAGUGCAAAAUGUCUCAAUCAGUACAAAAUGGACAUUUUCUACAAAGAGACACAGGCCAAUCUUCCAGCUGGACUGUGCAGUACAUUACAUCCUCCAGUCGAAAAUAAAGCAGAAGGCACUGGGGUGCAGCUGCUGACUCCAGAUUCUUGGAAUAUACCGCUAGCAGAUGCUCGGAGAAAAGCCCCAUCCCCAGCGUCUGCAGCUGGCCAAAUUCAAGGUCCUGGACCAUCAGCGUCUACCACUGCCUCUCCGUCUGACACUGCCAACUGCUCUGUCACUAAAAUCCCCACGCCAGUUCCCAAACCUAUUCCCAUCAGUGAGAAUCCAAAUAUUCCACCAGUUUCUGUCCAGCCACCUGCUAGCAUUGUGCCUCCAAUUGGUGUCCCACCUCGCAGUCCUCCCAUGGUGAUGACAAACCGUGGGCCAGUUCCUCUGCCCAUAUUCAUGGAACAGCAAAUUAUGCAGCAAAUCCGUCCACCAUUUAUUCGUGGGCCGCCUCACCAUGCCUCAAAUCCUAACAGCCCUCUGUCAAACCCAAUGAUUCCUGGAAUUGGUCCCCCACCAGGUGGUCCUAGAAAUAUGGGUCCCACCUCUAGCCCCAUGCACAGGCCGAUGCUUUCCCCUCAUAUCCACCCCCCCACAACACCUACCAUGCCUGGGAAUCCUCCAGGCUUGUUGCCGCCUCCCCCUCCCGGAGCCCCUUUGCCCAGUCUUCCCUUUCCCCCUGUCAGCAUGAUGCCAAAUGGUCCUAUGCCUAUGCCACAGAUGAUGAACUUUGGAUUGCCAUCGCUUGCCCCGCUGGUACCGCCCCCAACUCUACUAGUGCCAUAUCCUGUCAUCGUCCCUUUGCCUGUCCCCAUCCCCAUCCCCAUCCCCAUCCCUCACAUCAACGACUCCAAACCCCCCAAUGGCUUCUCCAGCAACGGUGAAAGCUUCAUUCCGAGUACCUCCAGCGAGACGCCUGGGGCAAAGACAACCAAUAGCUCUUCAUCCCCUCGAGAGUCAAAGCAAGGAUCGUCCAAAUCCUCUGACUCGUCACCGAGCUGCUCAGGCCAGUCCCUAAAUCAAGCUCAAGUACUUCAGGAGCACAGUAAAAAUGAAGUUGUUGACUUGACUGUCAGACCUAGUAGUCCAGUGAACAGUAAAUUUGGUUUCCCUAGUGUGCUACAGGGUCCACAGGACGGUGUGAUAGACCUAACAGUAGGCCACCGGUCUAGGCUGCACAAUGUUAUCCACAGGGCUUUACAUGCCCAAGUGAAAGUUGAACGUGAACCUAACAGUGUUGUAAAUCUGGCUUUUGGUAGCUCAGACAAAAGGAACUGCAGCGACUGCAGGGACAACUGCAGCCCGGUUGACUCAAAAACGUUACCGUGCAGUGAUGGAGCUCACUGCUGUCCUGUCUCCUUGGCCUCUGGCACGCCGGGACUGGAAGCUGGUGCAGCGGUGUGCAACGUCAUUGUGAAUGGCACGAAGAGCACGGAGGGUUCCAAGAACCCAGAGCCACCCCAGGAGCCGAAAAAGCCCCAGCCCCCGGAGGAGCUGGCGGUGAGCGAGCUGGAGUCAGUUAAGGAGAACAACUGCGCAUCAAACUGCCACCUUGAGGGAGAUGCUGGCAAGAAGACCGGGGAAGAGCCCCUUGCUGGGGGAGACAAACAGGACCCGAACCUUAACAAUCCAGCAGAUGAGGACCAUGCGUAUGCUUUGCGGAUGCUGCCCAAGACAGGUUGCGUGAUCCAGCCUGUGCCAAAACCAGCAGAAAAGACUGCUAUCGCGCCGUGCAUUAUCUCAACGCCAAUACUCAGCACAGGGCCAGAGGAUCUGGAGCCACCAUUGAAAAGGAGGUGUCUCCGAAUUCGAAAUCAGAAUAAGUAAAGGAAUGUUCACGGACAGGGUACCUUGCAUGGAGAAAGGGAGCAGAGCAAACCAUGUCACUCCACCGAAUGACACCAGCUGGUCCGCUCACCACCCCACUGGCUGAAAGUCCAGCAAAGAAAGCAGCUUCCUG